AUGGGUGGAAUGGGCAAAACAACUGUUGCAAAAGCCAUAUAUAACAAAUUUUAUCGUAGUUUUGAAAGUACAUGUUUUCUCGCAAAUGUUGGAGAAACUGCGAAGCAGUCAAAUGGUAAGAUUACUUUGCAAGGAAGACUUCUUUCAGAUAUCUUAAGACCAACCAAGAUAGAAGUAGGUGAUGCUGCUAGAGGGAUCAUUGUGAUAAAAGAAAGACUCAGAAAUAAAAAGGUACUUGUCAUUUUUGAUGAUGUAGAUGAUGUGGAGCAAUUAAAUGCAUUAGCCAUAAGACGUGAUUCGUUUGGUCCAGGAAGUAGAGUUAUUAUAACUACAAGAGAUCGACAUUUGCUAGAGCAACUUAAAGUAACAAUACAUCUGACUCGAGAAAUGAAUAAAGAAGAAGCUCUUGAGCUCUUUAGUUGGCAUGCAUUUCAAAAUAAUUGUCCUGAUGCCGAAUUGUUGGAGCUCUCAAGAAGUGUGGCUACCUACUGUGGAGGUUUACCACUGGCUCUUGAAGUUUUAGGGUCUUUUCUCUUUGGAAGGAAGGACAUAAGAGAUUGGAAAAGCACAUUGAAGAAAUUGGAAAAAAUUCCUCAUGGAAAAAUUCAGAGAAAGCUCAGAAUAAGCUUUGAUGCAAUUGAUGAGAACCAGAAGAACUUAUUCCUCGAUGUAUCUUGUUUCUUCAUUGGAAUGGACAAGAACUAUGUCAUAAAAAUACUCGAGGGGUGUGGUCUUUCUCCUGCAAUAGAUAUCAGUGUCCUCAUUCAGCGUUGCCUUGUAGGUGUUAGUGAAAAAAACAAACUCACAAUGCACAAUUUGCUUCGCGACAUGGGCAGAGAAGUUGUUCGUGAAGAAUACCCCGAAGACGUUGAAAACUGUAGUAGAUUGUGGCGUCAGGAAGAUGUACUAGAUAUAUUGACAGAAGAGUCUGGAACUAAAAAGAUUAAAGGGCUUGCUCUAAAUCUGCAAAGAUCUCAGAAAAAGAGUUUCAGAACAAAAGCAUUUACAAAGAUGAAGAAACUGAAAUUGCUCCAACUUAACUAUGUAGAGCUGACUGGAGACUAUGACCAUCUUUCCAAAAAUUUGAGAUGGCUCUGCUGGCAUGGAUUCUCUCUAAAGUUCAUAGGAAACGAUUUUCUUAAUCAAGGAAACCUGGUUUCUAUGGACCUGCAGUACAGCAAUCUCGUACAAGUUUGGGAGCAUCCCAGGGUGCUCGAGAAGUUGAAGGUUCUUAAUCUCAGUCAUUCACAUUACCUAAAACAAUCACCAGACUUUUCAAAACUCCCAAAUCUUGAGUAUUUGAUCAUGAAAGGCUGUAAGAGUUUGUCAGAGAUGCACCAGUCUAUUGGAGAUGUUAAAAGACUUGCUUUGGUAAACCUUAAAGGCUGCAGAAUGCUUAAGGACCUUCCAAAAAAUUUCUAUAAGUUGAGAGGUAUUGAAACUCUUGUUCUUUCUGGCUGUUCAAGAUUUGAGAAUUUUGUCGAGGACAUAGGGGAGAUGACAUCACUGAAAACUCUUGUUGUAAGUGGCACAGCCAUAAGUCGAGUACCACCCUAUAUAGGAAGAUUGAAAAACCUGAACUACUCAUCUGUACAAGGCCUGGUUCGCCUGAAACAAAGGUUCCCGGAAGUGCCAAAAACUUAUUUUUCUCAUGACUAUACCUCUUUGACGUAUUGCAAUUUGGAAAGCAGUAAUGUUCAUAACCUUCCAGAACGCGGUGAUCUUUCCCAUCUUGAGCGUCCAUGUUUCUAUAAUUGCACAAAUUUUCCUGCAGGUGGAGAUUUACCAAGUAAGUCGAAGGACUUGGAAUCAGAUCACUGCACCGCACUUCCAAUAAUUCCUAAUUCAAACCCUUCUAAAGCAUCGAGGCAGAGCAUCCUACAGGGAUUGACUGUAACGGGAGAUGGUGGCAUUUGUUUGCCGGGAAAUGAUUUUCCAAAGCAGUUCACAUAUGUCAGAGAAAGUGACCAAGUCUUUUUCCAAGUGCCUCAAACUAACUUACAAGCUUUCACUGUGUGCAUAGUUUGUUCUUCUUGUUUUGACGAGGACAUGUCUCCAAGUGGUAUAUCCAUUUUUGUUACAAAUUAUACCAAGCUCAUUAGCUUUGUUGUUGAGCCAACUCAUCUCACCGAAAUAACUUCUCAUGAUGUUAUUUGGCGAGUAAAUUUAUUAAACAAUGAGUUCAAUUUGGAACGUGAUGACUUUGUGGAGGUUGAAGUUGCAAUUGGAUCCGGUUUCAGAGUGAAAAAAACUGGGGUCAGUCUUGUAUGGGAUCCCAAACUUAUCAAUGAAAAUACGAUUGAGUGUGAGCCUAUCCCGCACCAAUAUUUUCCAAGUGAUGCUGAUAAUCAGGCAGGACCAAGCCAUGAGCCAUCUGAUGGGGAACGACCUUUGAAAAGAUUGAAGUUUGUGAUGCAAGAGUAG